AUGAAUACUAGCGACUCCAUCCACCUGCAGGCCGCACGCCGCACGCCGCGCGAAGAUCUUGAGCUUUACUUUUCUGACGAGGGGCCUGCCGCCACUCACUGGCCCUUACCCAGUACGCUACUGUACUACACUAGCCUUCAACCCUCCAAGUCAAAUCUUUCGAAGUCGAGAAUAUCGAUUCAAAGCAACAUCUACUUCACUGUCUCCCACCACUUCCUGUACCCUCGCUGCGAAACCAGCCGUCAUCACUGGGGGCGUAUUGAGCUAUCGUUCAAUGACUGGCCGCCAUUACUUCAGGAACAGAAUGUGGUCCCGCGAGAAUAUCACUUUGUUGUGGUGUUCUGCAUCGCUUGCUCUAUCCGUCCCACAUGGCUUCAACGCGGCAGAAGUGAUGGGCACGCUGGCACGUCGCAUGGAACGUAUUCGCGAACACAAUAG